GUGCGCCACUGAUCCAAGCGCCUCGCUGUUGCCGCCGCUUGCCACGUGAUUUGAACCCCCCUGCGGUUGCGUACACACAGACCCAACGAGCAAACCCCACGCCCCCAAGAUGGAGAUGCAGAAAAUGGGAGAAGAGGAUUGCACUGAGCGCCUCAAUGGGACCAUACCUGAGAGCGAAAAGGCAGUCACGCUGGAAGAUGGCUACGAGGGAGAGGAGUCUGCCAUGAUGGAACAGGAAGAGUUCCUGCCCCACAUUGCCGCCAAGAAACUGAGCCAGUUCACUGAUUUCGAAGGGAAGACUUCGUUUGGGAUGUCCGUCUUCAACCUGAGCAAUGCCAUCAUGGGCAGCGGCAUCCUAGGCUUGGCUUAUGCCAUGAGCACCACCGGGAUCGUCCUCUUUGUGGUGCUUCUGAUCAGCAUCGCUUUGCUCUCCGCCUAUUCCAUUCACCUGCUGCUGGCGUGCGCCGGAGUCGUGGGAAUCAGAGCUUAUGAACAGCUGGGAUUCAGGGCGUUCGGCCACGGGGGCAAGGUGGUGGCUGCUGUAAUCAUCUCAGUGCACAACAUCGGAGCCAUGUCCAGUUACUUAUUCAUUGUUAAAUCUGAGCUGCCUCUUGUGAUUCAAACAUUCUUAGGACUGAAGGAGCGCACCGGCGAGUGGUUCAUGGAAGGGAACGUUUUGAUCAUCAUUGUCAGCGUUUGUGUCAUCUUGCCCUUAGCGCUGAUGAAACAUCUGGGCUAUCUAGGCUACACCAGCGGACUUUCGCUCACCUGUAUGUUUUUCUUUCUUGUCUCGGUGAUCUACAAGAAAUUCCAGAUCACCUGCUCCUUCAAUGGGACGCACUACGAAGAGGCCCCCAUCUACUAUAAUGGACACAACACCACCACUGAGCACGAAGAUGACGUCUGCGUGGCCAAGAUCUUCACUGGCAGCUCCGAGACGGCCUAUGCCAUUCCCAUUUUGGCAUUUGCCUUCGUCUGCCAUCCAGAGGUGCUUCCCAUUUACACAGAGCUGCGCAGGGCCUCUAAGCGUCGGAUGCAGAACGUAGCCAACGUCUCCAUCCUGGCCAUGUUUAUCAUGUACCUGCUGACAGCCAUCUUUGGCUACCUCACCUUUUACGGUAAUGUGGAAGCUGAGAUGCUGCACACUUACAUCCAAGUAGACCCUCUGGACCAGCUUAUCCUCUGUGUGCGGCUGGCUGUGCUGCUUGCAGUGACGCUCACAGUGCCCGUGGUUCUGUUCCCGAUCCGCCGGGCCAUCCAGCAACUGCUUUUCCCCAAGAAGGACUUCAGCUGGCUCCGUCACAUCGCCAUCGCCACCUGCCUCCUCGUGUUGGUCAACAUCCUUGUCAUCUUCGUGCCGAACAUCAAGGACAUCUUCGGAGUGAUUGGAGCAACAUCCGCCCCCAGCCUCAUCUUCAUCCUUCCCAGCAUCUUCUACAUCCGUCUCGUCCCCAGUGAGAAAGAGUCACUGCUCUCCAAAUCUAAAAUCCAGGCUGCCUGUUUUGCCGCCCUCGGCUUCAUUUUCAUGGUGAUGAGUCUCAGUUUCAUCGUCGCUGACUGGGUCACGACAGGAAAGAGCAGCGUCGGGGGGCACUAACCCCCCCUUGCCCCCCCAAGAGACACAGUGGUUCCAUCCAGGAAGAACCCCUUCAGUGCCGGGGAGAGGGCAUCGUCGCCUUCCGUUUACCCUCGUUCAUCCUGGAGACGCCGCAACUCUUCGCUGUGGGGGAAGUCUCGAACGGCACCCUGUCUCGCCAUGGCGAUUCCAAAAGUGGGUCUGGAACGGCACCCGGGGCCUUCUCUGGAGGCUCCGGCGACCAUGAAACAGCUCAUCAGAAGACUGGCUACCCCAUUGCCAUGGAUGCAGCAUUCUCUCUCCCCAUUGGUUGGCUUUGGUGCUACGAUCACAGGGUCGACCAGCAAGUGCUUUCAUCCUCUGCGGUAACCACGGAGCGUGCCUCAGUUUUCUCUCAUCCCUGGCAAUAUGAUACCGUUGCCACGUUGCUUGUCUCGACAGAACUGUGUGGGUUUUGUGUACUGUCCAGUGCCGUAGGAUGGUCUGUCAACACUUGCUCUUCUCUUUCCUGUUCUGGAGAGAAUCCCUGGCCGGUCCUACCUUAUUUUCUGUUUCUGUAGUAAUAAUGCCUGGCUGCCUUGAAGGCGGCCUGUCUCCUUCUUGCCGUUUGGCAUGGAAGCAGGGCUCUAACCUUGCUGUUACCUCAGCCCUAGCCUCCAUCUGUUUGUCCUUACCCCCCUGUCUGGUAGCAGACGGGGACCACAAUGCCAAUUGUGCCUCGGGGUAGUCGCACCCCCAAGACAGGGAAUGACCUAAGACAACAGUGCCCCCUAGUGGGCAAUGUAAUUUAUUUGUUGAAGAACAACGUUUGAGUCCAGUGGUGUCUUUAAGACCAAUACAUUUAAUUCUAGGUAUAAGCCAGAGGUGUUCAAACUUGCUUAAUGUAAGAGUCACGUAGAAUAAACAUCAGAUGUUUGAUACCCGCAAGACAGGGAGAGAGGAAGGGAAGGAAGCAAAUGCAUGGGGGGAGGGAAGGAGAGGUGGAAAGGAAGCAACUUUAAAUGCAUUCUCCAAGCUGCAAACUGGCUUGGCUUGGAAAAUUUAAUUUAAUUUAAUUUUUCAGUUUAUACCCUGCCCUAUCCCGCAAGCAGGCUCUGGGCGGCUUACAAGAUUAAAAAAACCUUACAAAACAUCAAACAAACUUUAAAGAGAUAAAUGCCUUCUCCAAGCCAUCUGACAGAGUGGGGGGGUGCUUUGAGAGCCCCACAAUAUGUGUGAAAGAGCCACAUGUGGCUCCCGAGCUACAGUUUGGCCACCCCUAGUAUAACCUUUUGCAUGCGCACACACUUCAUCACACAGACAGUGUGCGUGCACAAGAAAGCGUAUACCCGGAAUUAGACUUCGUUGUUCUUAAAUGUUGCUGGACUCCAACUUUGUUCUGUUGCCUCAGAACAACACGGCUACCCACCUGAAUCUAAUUUAUUUCUUAGCACUUAAUUUGGACCUGGCUACCAGACCAAAGACAACAGCACAAACACCCUGGGGCCCACACAAUCCUCAUCAGGAUUCCUGGUUUCCUCUAAGAGAGAAGAGAGGCCUGGGGUGUUCAA